AUGGGAGGGUUAACGCCGAGGAUGCAGGUUGGACAAAAGGCCGUGACCGCAGACAUUCCUCGUACAACGCCUCGCCCCCGAUGCAAGAACCCUGGGCAGAGGGUGAAUUGCCCAAGUCGUCGGGCCGAAUCAGCUCGACCAAUUGCAGCUUUAGAGAGCGCCCAGACUGUGCCAGCCCACCAGACCAGUCUAGUCCUUGAAGAAAAUGGUCAAGAUGCGAAAUGUGCCCAGCUAAACGGGUCGGCCUCUUGCUUAAAACUGUCUAUUCCACAAUUGCAGCAUCAGCCUCUUGGCUUCGCAACUUACUCGCGACGACAAGAAGACAUUGUGGAAUUCACCGACUGCCAGAGUUGUCAUGACAUUUUUCACUUCGCCAACAUCCCACCCAGUGGGGCAGUUAGCGACAGUUACAAUUUAUCAAAGUGA